ACUGUGAUUAUCACAUAGAACCAAUGCAUAUCUGUAUCCAGGGAUUUUGUCAAUAUGUUACAUAUAUAUGACAAUAAAUGCUAUUACAUUUAUAUAAAGUCUGUAUAGCUACAUAAUUUUACAAAGGCAGACUUCCAGAAUGAGUAAGGCAGCAGCAUUUUUCAUCACAGUAGCCAUUUACAAGUGUAUGCUGGUCUAUGGUAUUGUACCUGGAAACAUUCCUAAAUUAUCUCAAAUUACAACGGAAUCGACUGGACUGAUUUGGCAAUCAGCUGACCCAGAUGAUGUCACAAUGGUUAAUCCUGAUAUAAAGGGCCGCAUCAAACUACCCAUAAAUAUGACUAUUAGGGGUCUCAUCAAGGACGUAGGAAAUGAGAAUAUGGAACAUGAUGAACACAUAAACAACAAAAACAUAGAUAUCAAAGAUAAAAAGGAAAUAAAUAAUCAGCAAAAUGACACGGACAAAAGUAUGGACCAAAUGCAAGUAAUGGAUUGGAAGAUAGUUGGUAGUUCUUGGCUCAUUAGACUUUGCUUUGGAGUAAUAAUAAUAUUGUCGCUUCUGAAUUUGACAAUUAUGUUCAUACUGACAGGUAUUGGAAAGUCCAAGAAGAAAGAUGACAUGUUGCUGCCUGCAGUUCCACAAGAUCAAAAAGUUCAACAGGUAAAAGAGGAUGUAAGUGACAUAUUGACUAUCUAAUGAAGAGCAUAAAGCAGUCCACUGAGAGGAUUUAUUAUCUACUAAGAUACCCAAUAAGCAGCACAUGAGAGUCUGUAGAAAUGAGACACCAACAAAGCCAGGGCAUACCAAAUCAAAUUAAAUCAUCACGAAGCAGACAUGUUAUAUAAUGAUGACUCCACAUACACGUAUAACACAUACACAUGUAACAGUAAGUAAUGAUUGUAACAGCAAUCAUAUCCUGAAUUAUAUAACCAGCAUCUAUUGAAGACAUGGAUGAUUAAAAGGACAUUUAAUCUAACUAACAUGAGCUUUAAUAACUAGAUGAAUUGUCUCACAGACAAACCCUACAUAUAAGGGAUCUAAGGGACUGAGAAUUGCCAUGGUUGUAGAGUUGUGUACAGUUUAAGGUAAAAUCAAAUAAAGCAAGCAAACUUUCCACAAAUUGUUUCAAUUUUAGAAUAU